AUGAAGCAGGAAACAGAUGAUCCAAAUCUAAAGGGCCUCGGAUUGGUGGCUAUCCAUAUUGACCAUGGAUUUCGUUCAAAGUCGACACAAGACGCUCAGCACUGUGAAAACUGGGCAAAAUCUCGCUCUAUUCCUCUCGUCACAUGCAAGAUUCCAUGGGGAGAGCCACCCUUUCCGAAACUGAAAUCUUUAAACGAGCAUAAAGAGGAAAUGGCGCGCCUCGCCCGGAUGCAGCUCUUGUUCUGGGUGAUGCAAGAGAAGAAGGCGAGCACGAUACUCAUGGCCCAUCAUCUUGACGACCAGAUUGAAACGUCAGUGAUGCGGUACCGGCGCCUCAAGGACCGAACCUUUGCGUCUGGUAUUACUCCACUGGGUCUCGCGGGUAUGAGACCUUGUCGAAGAUGGGGGAUGGGUCUACCACCCAAAUCUGGACUGGGCUUUUUUGGUGCGGAAGGGAUGAACCAUUGGAUUUCUCGGCCACUGCUCGAAGUUCCAAAGUCUCGUAUUAUACAAACGGCGAAAGACGACGGCCUCAUUUGGGUGGAGGACGAAAGCAACGACGACGUCCAUUUUACGGAACGAAAUUCGAUCCGAGCACAGAUACGAGUAGCGCCAGAGUCUAUUUGGCUCUUGGCUCCCCAGCUUCCUCCUUACUCGCCUUUUGAAGACGGUAAUCACCUUCCUUUGGUCGACAAAGUCAACCGUCACAUCGAAGUGCGAGAUGAAGUCGAGAACGAAGGCGAGUGGCCAAAUAGCGCCGACGUCUAUCUACGCAAGCAUACAGGUUUUGGACCGGAAGGCACUUUUCACCUUGUGACGAGCAAAUCAACGUCACCAUCAGGUAACGUGAGGCUAGCCGUCGUUUCACGCAUACUGCGCUACGUGUCACCACAUCCAUGGGGAUCUCCACAAGCAGAGGCAGGUCGCGACAGGGCCAAGCUACGCAGGAUAGCAGAUGCUAUAUGGCCUUAUAGAGAUGAGGCUGAGGAAGAGACUUUCUGGAAGGCGAACCUGGCAGGGACUCGCCGCAAGUUUAGCGGAGGAGGCUUCGUCCUUUGGCAUCCUACCCCAUGGACCAGUGUUACGAAAGUGCUCAGCCAAGGCUACGUUGCAGAUACUCGUGGUCUGGACUCCAUUAUUCGGUAUGACGAGGCAUUCGGCUGGCUCGCACAAAGGCAACCGACCCACAAAUUUUGUCCAGCAACAGUUGACAUCACAGAAAAACUCGAAUCACGAGAGCCCUUCAGUGUUCUAUGGGAUUGUCGAUGGCUUCUCGAAUUUUCCUCCAAUGCCAUUGACGUCCUGCAACAUUCUCAACAAUUCCGGGCCAUGGCCCGCGAUGCACCUGAGAGGCGAGACCGAUAUUUCAUCACAGCUGGAGAUCAGUUCUGGAGACCUUGCGUAUCAUACCAGAAUGCCCGAAUCCAUAAAGGUCCAGUGCUACAGCUCGCUCAGUCUUUUGGAGACUUGCAGGUGCCCGCCGUCACCAUGCGCUUCGUGCGCACAAUGGAACGUCUAUGA